UUGUCAAGGCUGGUAUUAUAGUUUUCACCCAACACUGAAGAAAGACGUCUUACGGUUAGUUUCUUGAAUAAUGUUACGGAUGAGGUACAGCAAGUGCAGUGUACGAGUGUAUCGUUCCACAAAACCGAGCCAUGGUGGGUUGGUGAUCAGUCUUGGGUUCUCUGUACAAGAGACGAGUGGGCCGGUGGAGAGAGUUUUAAUGCUGUAAAUAGUGACAAAUUUCCAUCUUCUCGUAAAGUGUAUAAUUAGUGCAAAACAGUUAAUUUGAUUAUACACCUUCCUACAGUUCUUGAUGCCAAGGAUGUCACAGUAUUUUAGCUCCCACGGAGGUCCCACUACUACAAAGGGCAUUUUCUAAGGAAGACUGGGUCCUGUUGGAUGCAAUGGGAUCAGGUCCAACCCCAGCAUGUUCUGGAAAGUUUCUUACUAUGCACAAAAGGCGUCGCAAAAAACUCACUACUCGAUCUUUGUCGGAAGAUCAUGCAAUACUUGAUGACAUUCAUCAUGGUCAGGUUCAGAAAAUUUUAGACCGAUGCGGUAAAUGGGCGUUCAAUGCCUUUACUCUAGAAACUGUCGCCGGUGGUAGGUCGUUGCCGGUUCUUUGUGUUCAUCUAUUUCACUGGUAUGGCUUGCUAGACUACUUUCAACUAGACGUCGUUCGAGUGUGGAAACUAUUUACUCUUAUUGAAGAAGGAUAUCACAGCACAAAUCCUUACCAUAAUUCAAUUCAUGCGACUGAUGUAACUCAAGCAAUGCAUUGUUUUUUGCAGGAAGCUAAGAUCAAGCAACACGUGACACCGCUGGAAGUUAUGGCAUCUCUGAUAGGUGCAGUUGCUCAUGAUCUGGAUCAUCCUGGCGUUAAUCAACAUUUUCUCAUCUCUACUUCAAAUCAUCUUGCCAUUUUGUAUCAAAAUAUGUCGGUAUUAGAAAAUCAUCAUUGGAGAUCGGCUAUUGGCUGCUUACUGGAAAGUGGACUAGCUGAACAACUGCUGCCUUACAGAAGUGAACUAGAGCAACAAAUACGUGAUCUCAUUUUAGCUACAGAUAUUAAUAGACAACAAGAAUUUUUAUCCAAAUUUAAGCAACAUUUAGAUCAGGGCAGUUUAGAUUUAAGACGACCGGAACAUAGACAAUUCAUAAUGCAGAUAGCACUUAAAUGUGCGGAUAUUUCAAAUCCUACACGCCCCUGGGAUAUCUCAUAUAAAUGGAGCAUAAAAGUCUGUGAUGAAUUCUUUAGACAAGGGGAGUUUGAGAGACAACUGAAUCUUCCAGUCACUUCCAUUUGUGAUAAGCAAUCGACUUCUGUUGCCAAAAUUCAAGUGGGUUUUUUCAAAUUCGUUGUAACACCACUAUUCUCAGAAUGGCAUAGAUUUUUGAAAAGUCCUCUUUCGACACACAUGAUGAAAAUUUUAGACGAAAAUAGACGGCGGUGGGAGGCACAAGAAAGUGUAGAGCAGGCUGAAGAAACCCAAACUGAAUUAUCUGAUGCUGAGGCUGAAAUUAGUGAAGAAGAAGAACACACAAAGAGAUCAUCAGAGACUCCUAGCAUACAUGAUUUCAUUCCACCUCCUCCAAGGGAGAUCAGAAGACAAUCAUUAGCUGUACCCACUUUAGAGUCAUUAGGGGUAAGGCGACAUUCUGUGCCAGUUAACAUGGAGCAAUCACUGCCAAGAACCAUAUACAGACGUGAAAGCCUACCAACGGGCAGGGGCAUUCCAUUCGGACGGUCCCCUGUGAGCCCGCAGACUGAAUCAAGAGCUUCCAGUGGCCUUAGAGAGGAAGACGAAUUGUUGAAGUAUGGCUCUCAGUCGUCCGACGUUUCGUCUAACAGCCCUCAUCAUUCAUCAGUGGAAGAUCAACCAGAGAGGCCUUUAAGUGCAGAGAACUUACUACCAGAACCUAGCAUAACAUCCAUGACAAGCAGCGCAGCUGUCAGUAGACUCUCUUCAAUUCUUCAAGGCAAUUCUGUAGCUACAAUCUCCAAAUGCCUUACAAGACAACAGACAUUCCCCCCUCCUCAACCGUAUGUAAGAAUGAGGUAUAUGUCUGCAACAGCUGAAAUGUCGACUUGCCCUGAAACUGCACACGAAGGUGACAGUAGAUCAAACUCAUCCCAUGGCUCACAUGAAAACAUAUCAAAUUCGAAUAACAUCCCACAGUACACCAUACCAUCAAUAGCAGUGUUGAGUCCGAACAAUGGUCGGCCACCCGAUAUUUUAGUGGCCGAGGCACCACUUCCACAAAAAUCGUCGCUUUCAAGUAACAAGAGAGAAACGGAGUCUGCUGAUAAAGAGAAAGUUUGUAAAAUGGUCAAACUGUCCGAACCAGAACAAAGAUAUGAGAAAGAAAAUGUUGACCCCAGACGGUUACCGACAACGAGUUUAACAAGAAGGCGAGGCUCGGCACCAGUUUCAUUACCCCUAUCAAAACCGGAUGAAAAUAUACUUCCUGCUGGCGGGGGGUUAAUUCCAUCUGACUCACAAUCCUUGAGAAGAGGAUCAGUGCCAAUAGAAAUUGCUCAUUAUCGUCGAUUAGACGAUGAAAAUGUUAUUGAAGAACCUGUCAUCAACAUAACUCCGGUGGAAACCACAAGGGCUUUUUGGCAGUACCAACGGCGUGGUUCGGCUCCCAUAGACCUACCUCCGAUGUCACGCGGAGGUGAAAGACGAGAACUACUCACAAGACAUACUAGUCUAAAUGGAAAGUCGGGCCGUAGAAAAAAACAGUUGCGGAGGCGGAGUUCAGGCGGGCCUGAAACUGUUUGCUUUCCAGAAUCUCAUUCUGAAAUCAUUUCUCGUCUUUUGCUACGGAGACCUGAGAAUCCUGACACGCUGCUGGCUCGGCGAAGAGGAUCACUGCCUAUUGAAGUCCUGACUGUUGGGCAUUCUGUGUUUUGACGGUUACCCCUGUCGCCAAUAGGGCCCUGGACAUUACCGUCCAACGUGCAAUAAGGACCAACACUCACUGACUGACAUCCACCUUCAUUAGAUAGCUCAUUAUUUAUAAUCAUUAAAUCGAUAAGCCAAAUAAUCAUAAAUGUUCUAGUGUCACUAUAUGAUUGUUAGAAUUUUUAUGUUUCAAGUGCGCAGUGUAUGUGACGAAUUAGUAGUUUUAACUUCCUGAUAGAUAUAAGUUAGCUAGUUAAUAGUAAUUUAUUUGCUACUUCGUUUUGCGGUAUAUAAUUUUUUACAGUUUGAGAAACGUACAAUUUUGUGUACCUAAUUAGUUAAUUUCUCUUGUUAAGUUUGUGACAAUUAUGCGCAAUUUAAUAACUUUUCUAAGAAAAGGUUGAACUAUUUAUUGUUUUUAUGUGAAUCGACUUUUACAAACCCCAAGUAUUUUGUUUUUUUUUACUUUGCCGGAUAUCUGUCAAAAAUGUAUAAUUUAAGAAUUUUGAUGGAAGUAUAUGCAAAUUUGUUCAUGUGGUAUACCGAACCCUCUCGAAGCGUAACUCAGUAAUAAAAAUAAUUGUUGAAUGUGAUUCAUUUUGUAAUGUGCUGUAUACUGUAUGUAUUGUAGUAGAUUGUUGCGGAGUAAUAGGAAAAAUCCACAACUUCUUAAUGGGAUUUCUGUUCACUGCAAAACUUCAAACGGAACAGGAAAUUUAAUAAAAUCAAAUCUACAUUGACAAUUACAGAUGUUUUACUAAAUUUUCUGCCGUUUUUUAUAAUAAUACACUGAAUAAUCAAAUCAAAUUUAGAAAUAGUGAACCCUUCCAUGUAAACAAUAGUAUGUUCUCUCCCUAAGUAUAAGGUGCAUAUACAUACCUUGAUUGCUUCACGCUGUCAAAAAAUAUAUUUAUUUUAUCAUUCUACAGCUUUAAACAAAAAAAGAAUAAUAUUUAAAAUAAA